CAUCCAGAAACAGCCCAAGGUCCAGCAUAAUAACCUGCAUGUGCCUCCAUGCACAUGGGAUGGCCCUUUAAAAGGGAGGCCCUGGCUGUGGGAAGCCAGAGACAGCUGGGCCACUGGCAGUGAGGGAGAGUGAGGAUGGCAGAGACCAGUGCCCUGCCCACCGGCUUCGGGGAGCUCGAGGUGCUGGCUGUGGGGAUGGUGCUGCUGGUGGAAGCUCUCUCCGGUCUCAGCCUCAAUACCCUGACCAUCUUCUCUUUCUGCAAGACCCCGGAGCUGCGGACUCCCUGCCACCUGCUGGUGCUGAGCUUGGCUCUUGCGGACAGUGGGAUCAGCCUGAAUGCCCUCGUUGCAGCCACAUCCAGCCUUCUCCGUGUCUCCCACAGGCGCUGGCCCUACGGCUCGGACGGCUGCCAGGCUCACGGCUUCCAGGGCUUUGUGACAGCAUUAGCCAGCAUCUGCAGCAGUGCAGCCAUCGCAUGGGGGCGCUAUCACCACUACUGCACCCGCAGCCAGCUGGCCUGGAACUCAGCCAUCUCUCUGGUGCUCUUCGUGUGGCUGUCUUCUGCCUUCUGGGCAGCCCUGCCCCUCCUGGGUUGGGGUCACUAUGACUAUGAGCCACUGGGGACAUGCUGCACCCUGGACUACUCCAAGGGGGACAGAAACUUCACCAGCUUCCUCUUCACCAUGUCCUUCUUCAACUUCGCCAUGCCCCUCUUCAUCACGAUCACAUCCUACAGUCUCAUGGAGCAGAAACUGGGGAAGAGUGGCCAUCUCCAGGUAAACACCACUCUGCCAGCAAGGACGCUGCUGCUCGGCUGGGGCCCCUAUGCCAUCCUGUAUCUAUACGCGGUCAUCGCAGAUGUGACUUCCAUCUCCCCCAAACUGCAGAUGGUGCCCGCCCUCAUUGCCAAAAUGGUGCCCACGAUCAACGCCAUCAACUAUGCCCUGGGCAAUGAGAUGGUCUGCAGGGGAAUCUGGCAGUGCCUUUCACCGCAGAAGAGUGAGAAGGACCGAGCCAAGUGAGCUUGCUACCCUGGACUGAGCCCCAGGCCGGGAAGCUGUUCCAGGAGUCCUGCCCAGCAGCCUCAGUGGCCAAGACCAGACACACCCACCUUCCCCCAGUGGCCCCGUGGAGCCUGGCCCUAGGCUGGACAGAAGGAUUCAGAAAGACACCAGGCUGCACAGAAAGAGCCAGAUGGACCUGAGUGUCGGUCACAGCCCUCUACACUCAAGGCUGAGAGGCCUCAGGAAAGUCACUCCUUUUUAAAAAUAAUAAUAAAUUUAAGGGGAUACAGUGCAGUUUUGUUACAUGGAUAGAUUGCCUAACGGUGAAGUCUGGGCUUUUAGUGUAACCAUCACCCUAAUAAUAUACAUCGUACCCAUUAAGUAAUUUCUCAUCCCUCACUCCCUCCCACCUUGUCACCCUUCUGAGUCUCCAGUGUCUAUUAUUCCACACUCCAUGUCCAUGUAUACACAUUAUUUAGCUCCCACAUACAAGUGAGAACAUUUGGUAUUUGACUUUCUGUUUUUGAGUUAUUUCACUUAAAAUAAUGACCUCCGGUUUCAUCCAUGUUGCUGCAAAAGACAUGAUCUCAUUCUUGUUUAUGG